AUGGCCACGCUCGCCCGGGUGCCGGCAUGCAGAGGGACCCUGGGUUUUAAGCACUUCGAGUCUUCAGCAGCCUCGACGGCGUGUCCUGGGGAAAUCCUCAGCUCUGUGCGUGGGGCACGACGCCAGGAUUGGAGCACCCAAAUAGGUGUCGCAUACGGCGGAUGUGGGGAACAGUCGUCUGGCUCCCGCGGGCACUGGGACCAUGGGGAUCGGCCCGAGGGUUCAGGUGGAAGGACAGCCCGGGAUGGGGGGCUGGGGGGCGUGUGUCUCCCCGGGCUCCUCGGCAUCCCGCGGCCGCGCUCGCCCCUCACCGCCCUUUCUCUUCUCUUUCAGAACAAGGUGCUGACGGUGGAUGGGGUGAAGGUGAAGCUGCAGAUCUGGGACACGGCCGGGCAGGAGCGCUUCCGCAGCGUCACUCACGCCUACUACCGGGAUGCCCACGCCCUGCUCCUGCUCUACGAUGUCACCAACAAAGCGUCGUUCGACAACAUCCAGGCUUGGCUGACAGAGAUUCAUGAGUACGCGCAGCAAGACGUGGUCCUCAUGUUGUUGGGAAACAAGGUGGAUUCAGCCCAGGACAGAGUGGUGAAAAGGGAAGAUGGAGAAAAACUAGCCAAGGAGUACGGCGUGCCCUUUAUGGAGACCAGCGCCAAAAGCGGCCUCAACGUCGAAUUAGCGUUCACAGCCAUUGCAAAGGAACUGAAGCACAGGUCCAUGAAGCUGCCCAACGAGCCCAGAUUCAAGCUCCACGACUACGUGAAGAAGGAAGUGAGAGGCUCGGGCUGCUGCAGGUCCUAA